AUGUAUUCAGUUGCUUUUCUCAUUUUAUGUUUAUCAUUUCCUGUCAUCGUCCGCAGUGACUACAACUGUACAACUCCAAAUACACUUAUAACUUUCGAUGAUUUGCCUGAAGUAUCUGAUACAGCUUCGAUACCAAACAAUUAUUUCGAUUUAGUUUGGUCUAAUGUCGCUUACAUGUUUAUUCCCUAUUUCAACUCACAAAACGGUGAUCAUACAGCUCUUUCAAGUGAAUUAUAUGUCGCUUAUAAUAAUUAUGGAAAUCCCAUGACCAUUAGUUCUCCAGCAGCUUCUUAUGCUUUUAAUAUAAACUCAUUUAUUACAGUUGCUUUAUUUAGGAAUAAUUUGACUUUAUCAAUGCAUGGAAAACGAGAUGGAGUAACAAUUCAUCAACAAACAGUGAUACUCCAGACGAAUGUUUCUUCGUUCAUAGUAUUAAAUUGGACUUAUAUUGACACCAUUAGUUUCACUACUUCGGGCGGAAUUGUUAAUCCUAUGUUUUCUGCGCAAGAAAACGACACAACCUUUGCUAUAGAUAAUUUAUGCGUCGAUAUUCAACAGCCAUCGAAAAAUACGAUUUUUUUAUUUAGAAGUUCAUUUUAUACACCAACACUUUAUCCAAUUACAACCACUCCAUGGAUCAUAAUAAUCACAUCUGAUAGUGAUACUGAUGAAUACCGAUUGAAAACUCGACAACAGUUAAUAGAACCUUUAGAAAAUCAAGCUGUAACUAUUUGUCCAGAUUUAUGGUCAGAUAAAUUUCGUCAGAUUUCAUACUUAGACCAGCGUACACACUUCGUAACGGCACCUAAACCAUAUUCAACGACUAAAUGUGCUGCUCAUCAAUUCAACAAUGUUGAUAAAUCUAGUUGUUAUCAGACAAUUAGAAAAAAACGUAAAAAUAACAAAAUUAUUCCACUUCAAAUACUUGAAAUAAUAUCAUUUUCGGAUUUUGAAAAUGGUGCUGAAAAUAGUGAACAUAAUCAAAUUAAAAAUGAUGAAAAUAGUGGUAAGAAGAAUCAACUGGUUCGUGAUAAUAAGGAUGUUGAAUGUUCUUGA